CAAACGUCGUCAUAACCAUAUUUGCUAAUUUUUUAGCGUUACUGCACGUGUAUGACACACGACACACUGUUGCUUCGACAAUUUUUAGUUCAAUGUCAGUUCGCGUUAAAUCGAUCAAACCUUAACGUAACUCAUUUCAGUGGCCUUUCUAAGUUUGUCGAUGAUUAAUCUACUCGUAAUUAAAAUUAUUAUAAGUUAUCCUGUUUACUUAGUUUUAUUAUUUUUUUUCGCGCCAUUUGAAAAUAAUAUCCGGCAUUUUUUUUAUUAUGAUCAUAACAACUUGUUUUACCUGAAUAUAUUUUAUCACAUACCAAGAGGCGUGCAAGUGUCCGGCCUUGGUCAGUUCCAGGUACUUUGGUUGCUGCCACCCUUGAAGAUCUUUAAGCUUGGCAGUGCACGAGCCUGUCCAUCAGAGUAUCAACCUCAUCCGUCCAAAGGUCAACUUCAACUUCAUUGCUGCUCAUUAAUUUUAUUAUCAGCAGCUGAACAAUCAUAAAAUGCCAAACACUUACCCUUGACUAAUCCAGGUAAUAAACUUGUAUCCAAGUAAUAUAAAUAAAUUUUAAAUAGCGCUACGAUAUAGUGUACCAGAAAGUAUAAAUAAAUUAAGUAUGUUCAGUCGGUUGUUUUGAUAUACUUGAUCAUAGUUGACACAGUUUUAAUUUUAAUAAAUUUAUUUUUAUUAAAUAUUGUUCGUGGUAAUAAUCAUGGACGUCAUAUCACGAACGUACAAUCAUCUCGAGUUAGUUAGUAAUAAUAAUAGUAAUAGUAAUAAUAUAGACGAAUUAGAGGAAGAUAUUGAUCUGGAUCCAGAUUUUGAGGAUGAAGAUGUUCAAGACGAACUGCCAGAUACGAGUGAAUCUAUUCCCAAUAUAACAGACUCAGAAUCAGUAACAGAUGAUAAUAUUAUCAAAUUUCCAUUGCGUCGUAGUUUAUUUCCAAAUGUACCGCCGUAUAUUGUCUUCCAUUUGCAUGACUCAUCGGGGCACGAACUGCCGCCUUCGUUAACUAAACAUCUAAAAUGGAAAUUGAGCUGCAUAACACCAAUAUUAGUGCGUAAAACAGUUUUAAAAUCAGGCUACCGUUUGCUAAAAGAUCCUGAUGAUUGGCUGUCAAUAUGGGGCAAACAAAUGAAGUCAAGUUGUUUCAAAGGAUUAAAAGAUCAUCAAAAAUUUAAUCAUUUUCCCGGUACAUUUCAAAUCGGACGUAAAGAUCGUCUGUGGCGCAAUUUAAGUCGUUUUAUGAUCAAAUACGGAAAAAAGGAAUUCAAUUUUGUACCACGUACUUAUGUGUUGCCGCAAGACUUGCGUAGUUUUCGUCAAAUUUGGGAGAAAAGUGGCGGGAAAGAAAAGUGGAUUAUAAAACCACCGGCAUCGGCACGUGGUACGGGAAUUCGUGUUGUUCAUCGAUGGUCACAGAUUCCAAAAAAACGUCCAUUAGUUGUACAACAAUAUUUAUCAAAACCUUUAUUAAUUGGCGGUGCCAAAUUUGAUUUACGUCUGUAUGUAUUGGUAUCAAGUAUAAAUCCACUACGUAUAUAUAUUUAUCCCGACGGUUUAGUACGUUUUGCAUCUGUCAAGUACAAUGAUGAUAUCAACUACCUCAGUGAUCGUCUUAUGCAUCUAACAAAUUACAGUAUUAAUAAAAACAGCUCAAAUUACACGAGUAAUGAUUGCGCUGAUUCUUGUAGUGGCCACAAGUGGACAGUUAAAACUCUGUGGUCGUAUUUAGAAAAAGAUGGUGUGAAUACAAAAAAAAUUUGGUCAUCUAUCAAAGACAUUGUCAUAAAAACAGUAAUAUCAACCGAGUCUCCAAUUAAUACACUUAUUAGAACGAAUACUACAAAUCGUUACACCUGUUUCGAAUUAUUUGGUGUAGAUAUUUUGUUGGAUGAAUCUUAUAAGCCUUGGCUACUCGAAUUCAAUGUUUCGCCGUCACUUCAGUCUGCAUCGGCACUCGAUAUUGCCGUAAAGGGACCCAUGAUAAAAAACGUUUUCAAUAUUGUAGGCUUUCGAUUGCCGGCAAAUUUACCUAAGCGCGAAAUCAGAAAACUGAAAAAGAUGUAUGAAUAUGAAGAGAUCCUGUGCCAGAAUACGACGCUCGAUAAGCUCGUAUUGUCAAAUCUCGAAAAACAGAAACAAGCUCUGUACAGUAAUUUGGAUAGAGAAGAUUAUUUGGAUGAUAUUCUAGAAGAUUUGACGCCGGAUGACGUUAGAUGUUUGAUUGCUCACGAAGAUGAAAUAACGCAGACUGAUAAAUUUGAAAGAAUAUUUCCAAAUAAACAUUCGCAUCCAUACUUAGAUUUAUUUGAUGUGCCAAGGUAUUAUAAUAUGUUACUUGACGCUUGGGAAGAUAAAUAUGGGGAUAAUCGUGAAGAGGGUAUUGCGUUGUUGCAAAAACUUUGUGGUGAGAAGAUGCACUUAGAAACUCAAACAAUUUAAAUUAUUUUUUUUUUUUUAUUAAUUUUAAGUAAUAGUGCUGUUUUUAUGGCCACUUUUAAAAUUUUGGCGAUUCAAAUAAAUAAAAAGAUCUACUCCGUCUUUUAAUUAAAUUUAUGUUUCUUGUAAUUAUUUAAGUAAAAAAAUUUAAUUUCCUGAAAUAAUUUGUUUACAAUUUUUGGUUAUUACUGAAACAAUCUUCGAAGGAAUUGAAAAAAAAAUAAUUAUUUAAUUUUACACGGAAAUUAAUUUAAGAUAGGGUGGAUGCUCCGUAACUUGGUCUGCAUUACAAUAAAAAAUAAAAUGGCCUUAAAAGCUGAGUUUUGUCGCAUAUAUUCCAAUUAAAAUCAAAUGUUUUAAUAAAUAACAGUAGUCACAAAUAUGUAGGUUAAUUUUAGAGUGACUAUAAUUAAUAUUUAUAAUUUAAUUAAAAAAAAAAAAAAAAAGCGAUGGAUGAUAAUUGGUGUUUUUUUGUUUUUUGAUAGGAAAUUGAUUUUUUGUGAUUCAUAUAAGACUUUGUAUAAAUUUUCGACAUUUUAUGUAUAUCGGUAUUCAUUAUUAUUAUUAUUAUUAUUAUUUUAUUUUUUUACUAGCGAGAGAAGAUAAAAGCCUUUUUGUGGAGAUUUUAAAAAUAAAAAUAAAGUCGAAAACGUUCGUGCCUUUUAGAAUUAAUUAAACGUUCAAUAUCGUUACGGAAAAUUUGAAUGAAUUAUAACUUUUUUUCUAAUUGUAAUAUAAUAUAAUCAAAACUUAGCAAUUAAGUAAUAAAAA